AUGGACAUGGACCAAUUCAUGACCGACUUCCUCGAGGGCAAGUACUUGGAUGACCAGCCUGGAGCCCCCACCCUCAAGAGACAUUCUUCCGCUUCCAACUCCAAGGCUCGAGAAGAACCAAAUUCUCGCGGCAUUCGUCGGACCAAGACCAGCGAUGCUUCUGGUCAACCUCGUAGGGCCGUGCCCCGCCGAACCAAGUCGGGCGACGAAAUGGUAACUCUUCGUAGAACCAAGACGGGAGAGGGUGCAACUCGUCGCGUCUCUCGUAUGAGCCCCGUUCCUUCUCGCCGCAGUUCCCGCAGUCCUGGCCCUCGUCGCAAGAGCAGCAAGGAUCAAGAACAGAUGGACCCACAGGCAGUCUUGCGCAUGAUGGAGAUGUAUGCUGACUUGGACAACUCGGAGAAGGCCGACGAAUACCUGCACUAUGGCUCGCAAAAGAGUCAUGGCUCCAGGGGCAGCAGCGGCAGGAGGACCCCUGCUAGAACCAGUUCCAAGGAUAGCUUCCCUACUUCGAUUGUCAUUGAACCACAGAACAUGAACGACUCUUCCAUGGCCGCAUAA